AUGGAACGUUCUUUUAACGGAUAUAUUCAAUAUAUUGAUGACUACAGCCAUGAGCCUGUGAAUCAAAGGCGAUAUGACUUGCUCGUUGUUCAGAAAGAGCAACCGUUCAACGCAGAGCCAAAAGCUCCGCUACUGGUUCAGCACCACGUGACUCCAACGGAGCGCUUCUAUGUGCGUAGCCACGGUCCAGUGCCAGCUUGUCCCGACAGUACACGUUUCCGUCUGGUUGUAGACGUGUCGCUGGCGCUCGAGCACUGUCAAAGUGGUGCGCAAGAUAACCAAAAGCGGCCGGGUCAGCUGCAGUGGAGUCUCGAGACGCUUCGGGAGAAGUUCAAGUUUACGGAAGUGGAAGCUUGUCUCCAGUGCGCUGGCAACCGCCGCACUGAACUUGUGGAUCGAACGAAACGACCCGUGAAAGGCGUAGGUUGGCAUCAAAGCGCCAUCGGAAACGCUCGCUGGGGAGGGUUCCUGCUCGCCGACCUGCUGCGUUUCUCGCUGCACCAAGCGGGCCUGACGGACGACGCACAGCUCGCACAAGUUCCUUGCGAUGUUUGUAUCGAAAUGGAGGGCGCGGAUUGGGUCCCAGAAGAGGAAUACCGACGGAAGCAUCGUGACACGCCCCCACCAGGCUACAUGGCGUCUCUCCCGUGGUCCAUGGUCAUGGGUGAUGGCUCCAGCGGGCACGCGGUGCCUCCCGUGCUGCUGGCAACGCACAUGAAUGGUGCUCCGUUGACUGCAGACCACGGGUACCCGCUGCGCUGUGUCGCCCCCGGAAUCUAUGGAGCUCGCUCCGUGAAAUGGUUAUGGCGGAUUGGGCUCAGACGCGGACAUUCUGACGGUUACUUUGUGGAGCGCGACUAUAAGGUUUUCUCACCAGCUGUGGACGCAGCAUACGUGCGAUGGGAUAGUGCGCCUCCACUCCUGGAAGUCAAUGUGCAGUGUGCAGCAUGCGUGCCAGCAGAGCGAGCUUGGAAGUUGUGGACCUCCAAGGCUGACCGCCACCCGCCAGGCACCGCCUCAAGUCUGGUGGUGCCGCUCUGGGGCUAUGCGUUCAGUGGCGGUGGACGGCGAAUCAUUCGCGUCGAUAUCAGCGGUGAUGCCGGUGCAACAUGGACCGUCGCACAGCUCAUAUUCGGUGAAAAGGGCGCGCACCAUGCGAUCAGAGCGGAGUCCGCACGAGUAGCAGACGACACCGAUGAAGCACACAAUCUCUAUACACCAGGAUUGGAGCCUUUCCGGGUACGUCCACUCGAUACCGAGCGUCCGAUUGCGAACGAUGCCCAUCGCUAUGCCUGGUGUCGCUGGUACGCGAAGCUAGCGAUUCAGCCGCCGUGUGAGGUCUGGUGCCGCGCCGUCGACGAGUCUGCGAAUACGCAGCCCGACGACGUGCGGGCCUGUUGGAACUUUCGAGGGGUUGCACACAACUCCGUAUAUCGAAUCCGAGUGGAAUCGGAUGACGGACCACGAUCGCGGCUGUAA